AGAAGAAAAUCAGCGAUGGCGUUUCUGAGGAUCAUACUUUGUGUUGCCUUCAUGGUCACUGUUGUAUUAUCCAAACCAGUAAGUGUUUCUCUUAUGCUUUUACCAAAAUCUUCAGUAUGUUGUAUGUGAAUGUGUCCCAGAUGUCAACAACUGUCUUUUUCAUGAAAACAGGUCGGCCAGAGUGAAGCCGAGAAUUCAUCCGAUGAGUCCACUGAGACAAAUUCAUCAGAAGAGGCCCACGCUACUGUCCGGGUGUCAGAGGAGCCUCAGAAACAGACGACAUCUGAAGAGACAACUGCGGCUGUUUCUGUAGAAGAGACUGAAGCCCCUGAAACCGCAGACGUGGAACCCACUGAAGAGGCUGUGCUCAGCACUUCAGCCCCACCAGCCUACACAGAUCCACCAGCCCACACAGACCCACCAACUAUUGAAGACACUCACACUGUUCUGCCCAUGUUAGAUGACCUUUCACAGACCACCGUGACCACCACCGUACAAGAUGCUACUACAGAGGGCACCUAUGUCCAACCACAUUCAGGGCUUACUCAGAAUAAUGUUACAACCCAGCCCCCGGUCGUCACCACCGUACACCAAGUGCUCCCCACGGAUGCCACAGCUUCCUCUCCUCCACUCACCAUCGACCCGUCUCCUCUGCCCUCCUCCACUGUCCCGCCCGUGCCGGUCUCCAUCGGGACCGCUGUGACUGCUGUUCCUGUUUGUUUCACUGUGCAGUUCACCACCGCUGAGCCAGAGCCGCCGAGAGGAGACAGCAUGUGAGCCAGACAACAAAAACAGUAAUCCAGAGAUGACUUGUUGUUGUUGUUCAUUAUACUCUCAUGUACUUUUGUUGCAGGAUCAUUAUAUCCUAUUUAAAUACCCUGACUAUGAUUGUACUUAAAUAUCAGGGUCCCUCAAUAAGUAUUUUGUUGCAUGUGAGACUUUUGUAACAGAAAAACUGGUGCUCUUGUUUUGUAAAACUAAGACGUUUGCUCAGAUGUAAGCAGC